UCCCAGGCUCCCAGUGGUAUAAUCUCACGACCAGGCAUAUCAGAUCUGCCCAGAGUCUCAGUUCCAGAGGAUGCUACCGUCAUCAAGUCAAAGCGUCUGCCCAAGAACAUGAACUACAUGACAGAAGUGGGUAACGGCCACAUUGCCACGACCCUCAAAGGUCACAUCAUCUUUAUGAAUGGCCUCUUCAAUGGCAACAACGACACCAGUCACAGAGCUCGUAUACAGACCACCGUCAACUAUGACGUCAACGCCACAGUGCCUGCUGGGAUGGACAGAACUUUCAUCCUGGACAUGGGCAGAGCCACAUUCACGGAGCGUUACGAAGCAGCAGACGUGAACAUCUCUCUCAGGACCUACGCGCACCGGAAGCUCGACCGCAUCCUGGUUGUGGAGCUUGAGAUGUCACGUGACGACCCAUCACAAGAAGUCAGCGCCACAGUCAGCCUGGACCAAGGACCUAUCAGUGUUGAUACCGACUUUAUAGGGGAAUCAGAAGGCGUCAAGCAUUUCAGGACAAAGGAAGCAGAGUUUGAAGAAAUAGCACCGAGGACUGACUUUUAUGUGAAAGCUUCACGUUUUCUGAGGGGUAAGAUCAGAAUGGGCGCCGGCAAGACUUCAGAGACGUUCCUCGCCAUUACAGCCAUCGGCGUUGACAGAGCACGGGUCAUAGAUGAGUUUAAAAAAGCGGUUUCUCUCUUCCACUCUGGGAAUCUCCUGUCCACACAUGUCCAAGAGUGGAGCGACGUUUGGAACAGAGGCCGAGUUGAUGUAGAAGGGGACGUAAGCGUUGCCCGGCUGAAUUACGGAGCUUUUUACUAUAUCUUCAGUUCUCUCCCCUUUUACGAUGACAAGUCUUGGCCUUUUAUUGGCUUAUCUCCUGGCGGUUUGGCCCACGGGAUAGAAGGAAAGGCUUGGAGACGUGUCCGGCGAAGUUUGUGUCUGACCACGAGAUUCACAUCACGGCUGACGUCAGCUUCAUGAUGAAGCAGUACUGGCAGCUGACCAAUGACCUGGAGUUCAUGGCCCACAUGGACGGUGCAGAAGUGGUCAGAGAGGCUGCCAAAUUCUGGAUGUCCAGGUCCACCUACAACCCAGAGGUGGAUACGUACAGUAUAAACACUGUGAUGGGCCCAGACGAGUACCACUAUCCAGUGAACAACUCUGUGUACACCAACAGUAUUGUGGCCAUCAACCUGAGGUUUGCCAACAAAAUCUCCAAGAUCUUAGGACUGCCAGUGGAGCCGAAGUGGGAGCAGUUGGCCUCUAAACUGGUCAUCCCGUACGACGCUGUGCAGGAUUACCACCCAGAGUUUGAAGGCUACACGCUCCCUGACCAGACCAAGCAGGCAGAUACGGUGCUUUUGAACUUCCCCCUCAUGGUGGAUAUGAAGCCCAGCACCAUGGAAAAUGACCUCAGAUUUUAUGAACAG